GAUUAAUUCAAAAUGGCGUGUUGCGGCAAGAAAAGACGAGGAAGAUCUUGCUUUAACAGGAAAAAAGUUCAAUAUUUUGACAUUGAUAAAAUAGUUGAGUGUCAUUUAAAGAAUGAUGUAAAUUUUGGCACAUCUACGGACGGAAAUGAUUUGAAGAUUAACGAAAUAUAUCUUGAUGACAAUUUUACUUUAUCAAGUGAUAUUAGCUAUGAAGAGGAUAAAAAUAUGAGUAGCUGGCUACAAAAAUAUGCUAAGAAUUCUCUUCAGAAGCACGAGACAACCUCUAUGGCAAAAUUACCUAACAAACAAAAUUUUAAUGAGCUAUUUUCCACUACUUUUACAAAUACAAGCGGGCAGAAUGAUCAGGAAUUUCAUAUAGAGUAUAAAAAAUCUGUCAAAUGUGCUAGAAAAUAUACAGUUACCAAGGCCUAUAAAUUACAACUCCAUGGUGAUUUAAAAAUAACGCCUGAUCUUGGAGGAGGUUUAAAUGGAGAGUGGAAUCUUUCAAAAAGUAAAGAAGACUCGGUGGAGAAUAGUUAUGAUUGCUCAGUAAAUUCUAAUAUUACCGUUCCACCAAAAACGACUACGAAAGUUAGUAUAUUAUUAGAUCAGAGAAUUUUUAAGGGCAAAUGGAGAAUGAAAACAACAUUUAAAGGAAAUUUAAUUGUAUGCCUAAGAGAUAAGGAUACUAAUAAAGAUGGUGGAAAGCUUACUAUACCAGUAAAAAAUAUUUUUACAAGAGAAAGGGGCUUCGCUUUAGAUAAAGACAACAAUCCAACUUUCUUAUCAGAAGGAGCUUGUGAAAUGAAUUUGGCUAUGGAUAAAAAAGUCAUUGUAGAGGAAACACCUAUUAAUGAACUCCAAUGUCAGAUAUAGCUCGGUUUAUUAAAUCAUGUAUCUCUUUCCUUCGUUUGGAAGUUUUUAAACGAACAAUAAAAAUAUACAUAUAUACUGUAUAUAUAUAUAUAAAAUCUUCUACUUUUUGUACAGCUAAUAUACAGUAUAACAUAUCGGUUUAUUUUCUACUUUUUAGGUAUAUUUGCUUAUAAUUUAUUUAGAAUUCUUGAUAAUUUAUCAUUAAAUGUGCCCAAAAUACUAUAACACCUUUUAUAAACAUUAACUGACUGCAUAAAAGGUGGUUUACGUACUCUCAGUUUACUUAAUUAUUAAUAAAGAUUAAGUAUUGAAUAAAUCUUUGCAAAGUUGUGAUUAUUUUUUUUUAUAAAAGCAUUCUACCUUCUUUCUUUUUAUAGCUAAGAAUUGCGUUUGUUAAUAUCCUUAUAAUCAGUAAAUAUUAAUGAAGAUGAAAGACUUUAGGAAUUGAGAUUGGAGGCAAGUGACAAUUUGAUUGAAAAACUCCUUAAUUCCAUGUUGAAGAAAACCUUGUUACUAUUCAUCUAACGAAAGAAAUUUAAUGCAUAAUAAAUACAUCUAUUUAAUUGAUAUAACGUAAUACAUGUACUGUUAUGCUCCCUUUCUCUCUCUCUCUCUAUAUAUAUAUAUAUAUGUAAUUUAUAACUUACCUUCCCAGAUG